CUCCACAAACACCCAUUCUAACUCCUAUCUUUUUCUACAAAAAUGAUUUCUCUGAAGAUGGGAAAAGGUUUCCUCAUCCUUGUCCUAGCCGGAAUUCUUGCAGGAGCCAUGCCAAGUACGGUAUUGGCUCAAAAUUGUGGUUGCGCAGAAGGCCUCUGCUGCAGUAAAUGGGGAUACUGUGGCACAGGGGAUGACUAUUGCGGAACCGGCUGCCAGCAGGGCCCUUGCAACGCAGCACCGACACCUAACGAUGUUUCGGUCCCUGAUGUAGUUACCCCAGAAUUCUUCAAUGGGAUUUUGAAUCAAGCAGAUGCCAGCUGCGCAGGGAAGAACUUCUACUCCAGGGACGCAUUUCUUGAAGCUCUGAAUUCCUAUUCUCAGUUUGGAAGGACUGGUUCCACCGAUGAUUCUAAACGGGAGAUUGCAGCUUUCUUCGCCCAUGUAACUCAUGAAACUGGACAUUUUUGCUACAUAGAAGAGAUAGAUGGAGCCUCUAAGGACUAUUGUGAUGAGAGCAACACACAGUAUCCAUGCAACCCUAACAAGGGUUACUAUGGUCGGGGACCGAUCCAACUAUCAUGGAACUUCAACUACGGGCCUGCAGGGAAUAGCAUCGGGUUCGACGGGUUGAACUCACCCGAAACAGUGGCCACAGACCCCGUCAUCUCAUUCAAGACUGCCCUGUGGUAUUGGGUGAACAAUGUUGAACCAGUGUUGGGGCAAGGGUUUGGUGCGACCAUCCGAGCCAUUAAUGGUGCAUUGGAGUGCGACGGUGGAAACGCUGCGACUGUUCAGGCUAGGGUUAGCUACUACACUCAGUACUGCAGUCAGCUUGGUGUUUCUACUGGAGAUAAUCUCACCUGCUAGUUUUUGAAUUUUACUGAUGGAUUUACUCUUAUUUUUCUAUUGUGGUUUCUGAUCAAUUGGGUUUGAAGGAAUAAAUUAUUGCUAUAUGU